AUGGUCCUUUAUGGACCCUCGGAGGGUCCUUCCGACUUUGCCUAUGUGGACAAGGAAAAGUCAGAGAUGCUAAUUUUUUUAUUCCUUGAGUUUUAGAACGAAUGAUUCUUUAAUUAUCAGUUUGCUUGUUGUUUUCAAGGGUGGAUAAAAAUACUCAUUCGGAAGGAUACAAUUUACAUUGCGUUUUUUUUUUUGGAUGAACGAUUUUCGGAUGAAAAAGUUUUAUUCAGAAGUGGAAGGUACUGCUCAUUCGUAGGCACGAGCGUUGGCGUCACCUCCCCACUGGAGCCAGAGAAGGCCGUUGGCCGAGGCGACGAGGGCCGCGAACACGGUGAGGACGGUGGAGGACGACAUCUUCCGUUGUAUUCUGGAGGAAAGGAGGCCUUUUAUAGGUUGGGUCUAAACGAUUCUCAAGGAUAGGACAAAUUGAAGAAUGGGAACUGACUAGAAGUUCAUGGCAUUCUCUCAAGAGUCGGUUUGGUUCCCAUCCUUCAUUUAUACUUUUUUCACUGAACCGUCUAGAUUCUUCCUAUAAAAAGGGUCUUCUUCCCUUCCAGAAUCCAUCGGAAGAUGUCGUCCUCCACCGUCCUCACAGUCUUCGCGGCCCUCGUCGCCUCGGCCAACGGCCUUCUCUGGCUCCAGUGGGGAGGUGACGCCAACGCUCGCGCCUACGAAUGAGCACCACUUCGACUUUUGAAUAAAGCUUUUUCAUCCGUGUUCAUAUUAGAAAAUGAAUAAAGCUUUUUCAUCAAGUGUUCAUAUUAGAAAAUGCAUGGAAAUUAUCGAAACUUGUAACAAAACGCCGAACCGUCAAGGAAUAAUUGCGCUAAUAAGUUGUUCCUCAACUACUAUCCGUGUGGGAUUUGCUUGCCGGAAAGGAUACAGAACUUCAAAAGAGUCGAAAAAAAGUUUCCAUUAAACUUCAAACAUUCUCUUUCCGAUGUAGGUUCAAUGGGAUUGUUGAAAAAAGACAGAAAAGGUUUCAUAAUCUGAAAUUUAAAAAAAAAGUACUGUUGGGAAGUUGAAAGUUUCGAGUGUUUUAAAAAAAAACCUCAAACGGAUACUCGAGAUAAAAAAAGAUUAUGAAGUGGAGUACCAUUUUUGCUCUUUUGGUCGGGUUUACAUCAAUUUUUUCAAGGUUCACAUUCCAAAAAAGUUUUUUUAUAUGGAUCAUAUUGACAAAUCGGAAAAAAAUCACCAGCUCUAUUCGAAAUUGUAUUUAUUUCAGAAAUUUUUUUCAAAAAAAUUUGAGUGAACGUUUGGUUUUUUUAUUGAAAAAGUCAAAACUGCCUCUCACUCUUGAGAGCUUUUUUUUUCAAAAGUUCACAAAAUUUCAUCAGGUUUUAGCUUCUUGUAAUUUGAGAACCUUCUCUUGAAUUUUUCGAGGACUUCGUUAUUGAACUUUUGAACGUGAAUAGUAGAGAAAUCAAAUAGAAAAAUAUUGGAAGUUUGGUGUUGAGAAAUUUAUCAGCAUUUUGAUGAAACUUUUCAGUUUACAUCCUCGUUUAUAAGCUCGAAAUUCUUUAAAAAUCAUUCACAUUGUUUCUGAACUUGAGAGUUUCGAGUACCGAAUCUUUUGGUUCUUUAAUAGAAGUCGCCAAAAUCCUUCUCUUUCGCACGUUUUUCAUGUAUUCGUGAGCAAAACUUGGAUAAGAAAUAUUUAUUCAAAAGUCGAAGUGAUGCUCAUUCGUAGGCACGAGCAUUGGCGUCACCUCCCCACUGGAGCCAGAGAAGGCCGUUGGCCGAGGCGACGAGGGCCGCGAACACGGUGAGGACGGUGGAGGACGACAUCUUCCGAUGGAUUCUGGAGCGAAGAUGGGGCCUUUUAUAGGUAGAUCUAGGAAGUUUUCAGGGGACAGUUUGAUUGAAGAAUGGGAAUCGUUUCAAGUCCUGAGAGACUUCCAUGAACUUCUAGUCAGUUCCCAUCCUUCAAUUUGUCCUAUCCUUGAGAACAGUCUAGACCCAAUCUAUAAAAGUCUACUCCCUUCCCUCCAGAAUCCAUCGAAAGAUGUCGUCCUCCACCGUCCUCACCGUCUUCGCGGCCCUCGUCGCCUCGGCCAACGGCCUUCUCUGGCUCCAGUGGGGAGGUGACGCCAACGCUCGUGCCUACGAAUGA